AUACUUCCAGAUUCCACUAUAAAUGAAGAGACAGCAAAAGCAAGACGGAUGUUGCAUGGUGACCAAACAACGGUUCCGACACAUUUCUCUUCAUCGACCUCCCCGACUUCAAGAUUUCAAAAAAUGGUUAACGCCAAAAAGACUGGCAAGCGCUCGGCCCUUGAGGAUGUUGUCACUCGGGAGUACACUAUUCACCUCCACAAGCGGGUUCACGGUCGUUCAUUCAAGAAGCGCGCCCCUUGGGCAGUCAAGUCGGUGGUCGCUUUCGCGCAAAAGGCUAUGGGAACGACCGAUGUGCGGAUUGACCCAAAACUUAACCAGGCUCUGUGGGCGCAGGGCAUAAAGACGGUGCCCCACCGGCUGAGGGUGAAGCUGGAGAGGAAGCGAAAUGAUGACGAGGGUGCCAAGGAGAAGCUUUACACCUACGCUUCGCAUAUCGUCGUCACAUCGUUCAAGGGCCUUGAAACCGUUGUCGUCGAUGCUGAGUAAAUGUUGUACUCCACUCUUCAUGUUCACUUGUUAUACAAUAUGCUUCGCUAUGAACAUGUUUUCUCCUGUGACCCUCGCCUGCCGUACAUCCUGCUUGGAUGUCAAUUAAUCUUUUUCUUAAGCAGUCACUGAAUGUUCGGCUGUGACCCAAGACUGGUAAUGUCACCAAUCUUAUUAUUCAGCCCUGGGGACGCAACAAACAUCACAUGGGCCCAAUUAUCUUUGGCGAAGCGACGUGGAAGAAAUACAGACACUGGUGGCCCUAUAAAAGGAAUUUGAAAACGAUGGCAACUGGCGAACUUGCUAUGUAGGUUUGUUCAACAAGGAUCAUUCUUACAGUGGGUAAGGAGAAACUGCAUCGAAAGGAAUGACUUCUGCCGACCAACCGUAUGUAUGUAAGAGUAGGUACAAUACGUUGCGUCUUGGGAACCAAU